CGGACAGAAGGGCUUUGGGUGAUGACUGCGGCUGUGACUUUAUCACUUUGCAUUCUCUUCCUGUCUGUGGCAACCGCGACGGCCGCCGACGCAGAGGAGCGCCUGGUCACCCACCUGCUGGACCCAGAGCACUAUAACAAGCUGAUCCGCCCCGCGGUCAACAAGAGCCAGCGGGUCACCGUGGCCAUCCAGGUGUCCCUGGCCCAGCUCAUCAGCCUGAAUGAAAGGGAGCAGAUCAUGACUACGAAUGUGUGGCUUACCCAGGAGUGGAAUGACUACCGGCUGAUGUGGAACCCCGAGGAGUACGAGGGGAUCCAGAAGCUCCGCAUGCCAUCACAGCACAUCUGGCUGCCGGACAUUGUCCUCUACAACAAUGCUGACGGUACCUAUGAAGUGUCUUUCUACUGCAAUGCCGUGGUCUCCAGCAAUGGGGAUAUAUUCUGGCUGCCUCCGGCUAUCUACAAAAGCUCCUGUAAAAUAGAGGUGAAGGACUUCCCCUUCGACCAGCAGAACUGCACGCUCAAGUUCCGGUCAUGGACGUACGACCACACUGAGAUCGACCUCAUACUGACUAGCGAUUUCGCUAGCCGGGAUGACUUCACGCCCAGUGGCGAGUGGGACAUUGUGUCUUUACCAGGGAGGAAAAAUGAGGACCCGAAUGAUGUCACUUAUUUGGACAUCACCUAUGACUUUAUCAUAAAGAGGAAGCCUUUGUUCUACACCAUCAACCUCAUCAUCCCGUGUGUCCUCAUAACCUCACUGGCCAUCCUGGUCUUCUACCUGCCGUCUGACUGUGGAGAGAAGAUCACCCUCUGCAUCUCUGUCCUCCUGGCCCUCACUGUCUUCCUGCUCCUCAUAUCCAAGAUAGUACCCCCCACCUCACUGGCUGUGCCCUUAAUCGGCAAGUACCUGAUGUUUACCAUGGUGCUAGUCACCUUCUCCAUCGUCACUAGCGUCUGCGUGCUCAACGUGCACCACCGCUCACCCAGUACCCACACCAUGCCCCCUUGGGUCAAGCGGACCUUCCUCCACAAGCUGCCCGCCCUGCUCUUCAUGCGAAGGCCCAGGACCUCCAAUGUCCGGGAGAGGUUCCGGCGGAAGCAGCAGCAGAGAGCCCGCUCCGAGCUGAAGUUGGGGAAGGCCGAGGCAGAAUCCCUCCACGUCAACGAGGAGUCGGCCAAGAGGUUUGGCUGGAAGAUCAGCAACCUCUCGGAAAACACAGAGUUCAGGAAGAGGAUGACCGUCAAGUGCAAUGUGGAUGUGGAGCAGGCCGUGGAUGGGGUGCGGUACAUCGCUGAGCAGAUGAAGAGCGAAGACGAUGCUGAGAGUAUCAUUGAGGACUGGAAGUACGUGGCCAUGGUGAUUGACCGGCUCUUCCUCUGGAUAUUUGUCCUGGUCUGCAUGACUGGUACCAUGGGUCUGUUCAUGCAGCCCCUGUUUCAGAGCUACAGCUCGCUGGGAGCCGCUGACCAGUAAGCAGAAUACUUCACCCAUUUUCCAGAACAGCGUAGCCCAGACACCCUUGGUAACUGAGUCAUAGUCACAUAUCUAUAGAUAACCUCAGGACCUCCUUUGGCAGACACUGUAUUACAAAUCCAGGUGUACUAAACCACAAUUUUCGCUCCAUGUUUUACUUUUUAUUUUGUAUGAUUUUAACAUUUUCUUUUUCCAAUGGCCCAAACUUGAUGUUGCGAUUUGACCUUUCACCUCUGCCCUGUCAUCUGACAACGAAGACCUCACUUUGAAGAGUCAAACUUCAGAAGUCUAAAUGUGACCAGCUGUUAUACAUCAAAGCAAUAGAACACAUGGAUUCAUGUUUUGGGGGAAGGUUUUUAUUUUUUAGAUGUCUUUUGGGGAAUGUAUUUUAAAUUGACAGAACUAUUCAAAAAACCUCUUUAAGCCCAAUAUCUGUAUCUUCUGUGAUAUAUUACAGUUUCUGUGUUUGGUUUCUAAGCACCAGAAUCAGGCAUUCAGAAAUGGUAUAGAAGCAAUAAAAACAGACCGCCGACCCACGCGGUUUGCCUGAGGGAGUCCGGUCUACGUUGUUGGGGCCGAUACUGUGACUCAUGUUAGUCAUAGUCUUUUAGAACUUUCACUGAAGCUGGGAGACACUUUACUGCAUAAGCGUCAUGCAGUUCCACUCAGACCAUCUUGCUAACACCCUUUAACCAGCACACAGAGUAUCGAUUCUGAUAUUUCUGCUGCUCUAAGCGGGAAAUUUGUACAUCAGAAAUGCUCGUAACCCUCCCAGCCAGUUCAGGCUGAGCAGAGUUUCUUCAGUAACUUUAUUCCCGCACUCAUUGCUUGUUUUCAUCAUUUGGGUAACAGAUUGUUGAGUAUUUCACAGUCAGGAAAGACUCAAAACUGUAUUAAACACACACGGAAUAGUAUCAUAAGCAUGCAAAAUAUUGGUAGCAAAAUACUGAUCGAUUUGAUCGUAGACAAGAAAAUACUAGUAAAGUUCACAUUGAUGUGUAAAUGUGUAAAUCUUUACUCAAGCAAAAAUAAAUCAUGUAUCAUUCUAAAAAAUGUAACCAAUAUUGAGAUCAGUAUAGGUAAUUCAGAUUAUUGGCUGUUGUUAACGUCAACUUCAAAUUAAUUCACUAAAAUGUAAUGUUUACUUGUGUCAGUUAAUAGAAUAUUAACAGAAUUUCUAAGAAUUAGCAGCAUCGAGAGAAUAAUGACAAUGGAAACAGUAGGUAACACAGACAAUAAUACUGAAGAAUCACAAACAACCUGUUACUAUGUAGCCUGGGAUUAUAGACAUUUUCCUCUGAAGGAUGAAUUUGGGCUUGGUUGUGAUUCCUUCCUGCUGUAACUGGAUUCCAGUGGCUUUCUA